AUGAUCGAGCAGAGCUGGCAGCAAAAAUUGGUGCGGUUCCCGUGGCUGACCGCCGGCGAAUCGAACGUACUGCUGCUGCCGUCGGCGUCUCGACAUGGCUACUGCACCUGCUACUCAAAGAAGGCCACAUAA